AUGGCGGUCAGAGACAGAAACAUGCGCAGUGCGGCGCUGCUGCUGGCCGCUGCCCUCUGUGUGGGAGUCGCAGACUCAGCACCGCGCCCCCAGCUGCUCCAGAGUUCGUCACACGUGGAUCUGUUGCAGGGGGAGGAUGUGUUCGUGACGGUGGAGACGGGUGCCCUCAGGGGCGUGGUGGCCACGUCGCUCAACGGCACACUCUACAACCGGUUCGUCGGCAUCCCGUUCGCAACACCACCGCUCGGAGACCUCCGCUUCAGGGCGCCGCAGCCAGCAGCCAACUGGUCUGGAACGCGGGAUGCGCUGACAUACGGCUCGGAGUGCCCCCAGGAAGGUGUUGGCUCUGAGGACUGCCUAUACGUCAACGUGUACGUACCUUUGGUGAACGACAGCUCUCCACUGGCAGUAAUGGUCAACAUCUACGGUGGGGCAUACACGGUGGGCUCAUCUACAAAUAGGGCGCCCGACUACUUCAUGGACAAGAGGGUGCUGCUGGUCACUUUUAAUUACCGCGUUGGUUCCAUUGGUUUCCUGAGCCUUCAGAACGAUGACAUUCCUGGCAACGCUGGCCUCAAGGACCAGGUGUUCGCCCUGCAGUGGGUGCAGCGCAACAUCGCCGCCUUCGGCGGCGACCCGGACAAGGUCACCAUCUUCGGGGAGAGCGCAGGCGGCUCCUCCACUUCACACUUGUUCUUCUCUCCGGCGGCUAGAGGUCUGUUCCGUGGAGUGAUCAUGGAGAGCGGCGUAGCAAACGGCAACUGGAGCGUGGAGCAGAGCCCCAGAGAGAAGGCGUACCGCCUGGCGGCGGCGCUCGGCUUCCAGCCGCAGGGCGCCAACGACUCUGCCGUCGCUGCCUUCCUGAGGGCCGCCGACCACGCAGACCUCACCAGGGACAACAGCCAGGCCCUCUCAGACUUCGAGAAGCGAGGCCGCAAGGGAAUCGCCUUUUCGCCCGUUAUUGAGCCACAGUCGGACACUGCUGUGGUCACCGAGUCUCCAGGAGACAUCCUGAGGGACGGCCGCUACAACCAGGUCGCCGUCAUGACAGGCGUCACUUCUGCAGAUGGCAGUGUCAUUGUUGAAUCUCCCGCUAAAGUACAUCGACCAAGUCUUUAUGCAGCGCCCAACUGGUUCCUCUACCAGCGGAAAGUCUUCUUUAAUGAAAACAAAAAGUUCAGUGUCAGCGACGUUGACACCGAAACGAACCAAGAUGCUAACACGGCGGUGCGGCGAUCGGCCUGCUGCAGGCAGAUGUAUUCUGAUAUGGGCUUCAUACAGCCAGCUGAAGAACUAGCCAGGAUUGUGGCAAAUACCAGCGACCUACCUGUCUAUUUGUAUUACUUCGACUAUGAUGGCUACGGUGCCACAGAAUACGGUAUGAGCCACGCAGCAGAAACACAAUACCUGUUUCUUUCAUUUGGGCCAGACAUGGACCCGAAUUCUAAUGACGUGAAGGUGAUUGAGCUGCUAACAACUCUGUGGACAAAUUUCGCUAAGUUCGGAGAGCCUACAACAGGUGGAAGUCCAGUAACUUGGGAAAAGUUCACGGCGGAAACUGCUAACUACCUGGACAUGAAGCUGGAGUUUGUCACCCGGCAAGAUCUCCUCAAGGAGCGUAUGGACUUUUGGAAACAAAUCCUACCUCAAUAA